AUGGCGACUGACUGCAUCACUAAAGUGGAGCUGAGCGUCUCCUGCACUGACCUGCUGGACAAAGAUGUCGGCUCAAAGUCUGAUCCUCUGUGCGUGCUGCUGCAGAAGACAGGAGACAAGUGGACAGAGGUGGGAUUUCAGGUCUCCGUGUUAUAAUUUAGUUUUUAUUUGAAAGUUUAAACAUCCCUCAGUUAUAUCUCUGUGUCUCUCCAUCAGCUUGGUCGCACCGAGCGCUUGAAUAACACCUCCAGCCCGUCCUUCAGUCAGCGUCUCAAAAUUGAUUAUCACUUUGAGACCGUUCAGAAUCUGAAGCUGGGGGUCUACGACAUCGACAACAAGAGCGCUGACCUUGGCGAUGACGACUAUCUGGGAGGGGUGGAGCUAACACUGGGACAGGUAUGUAACACGCCAAAACAGACCAGAUUUUUGUGUUAAAUCAAACUUUGAGAAAAGAAAAAAAACAGUAAAAAGUUUGUUUUGCUCCAUUUGAAGGCAAACUGUAAAUCACAACAUGUCAUUGUGAGUCUUCUGUUGUAAUGCAUACCAUGAUAUUGCUCAGAUCUACUGUAACAGCUCAUGUAUGACUCAGUAGGAGAGUGAGUCACUCUGUUUGGCUUAAAAUCAUUUCACUAUUGAGUAAUGUUGAAAGUAUUCUUUCAUGUAACCGAUAACAACGUCAUCACUAAGUUUAAAAGUAAAUGUAAAUAAAAAUCUCUGUAUUCUUUCACUGAUACCAAAGAUACAGCCUGAAAAUUUCCUCUUUUGCUAGAAACUAUUUCAAGAUCUUCAAAUUAUUUAGUUUCCAAUGAUCUAAAAUCAACACAAGCAGCAUUUUCUUACAUUAAAGAAGUUGGGUGGGAAUUACUUUUUCUUAAAAAUAUCUCUGGUCAUUAAUUACAAACAAAAAAUAACUACAGAUUGAUUUUCUAUCAAUUACUCUAUAUGAUAAAUGAUUUACUUCAUUUUUAGCUCUUUAUUUAAAAUUAGAUUACUCUGCGGUGUUUCUCGUGUAUGAUGUAGCAUUAGCUCCCUCUAGUGGUCAGAUUGAGUAAUGUCACUUACUUUCUGUAUUUAUCUAAUGAAAAUAGAAGAAGUCAGCGCCUGAAUCUGUCACAGUGGAAGAGGUUGUUGAUUACAGCAACAGCCGCACUGAGGGUGUGUAAACUAGUAAACAGUUAUUCAGUUUAAAUGAAGUAAACACGGUAACCAAAGUCCUUCUGCAUAACCAUAGUGUCUUUAAACUUAAUGCAGAACCUUAAUAAAAUUCAGAUUUGGGCCUUAGAAUUCCUUCAUCACAAAAAAAAAGCUUAAAGUUGUAAAGAUAUUCAGUGCUACUAUAUUUCACUGCAGCACAGAUGCAUGAUGGGAGUCUGUAGACACUGCUUCAGAGACUCCUUCUGUUUGUAUUGUAGAUAGUUUCAAGCAAAACUAUCACCAGACCUCUGCAGCUGAAGAAAGGCAAACCUGCAGGGAAAGGAGCCAUCACUGUAAGUACAAAAAGAAGUGUUUGAAUGACUGUGUAGUUGUGCAAAGAUUGUUUAUUGACAUUAAGGUUUACUUUUUCAUGAAUACUUUAAGCUACAUUAAGGUGCACUGACAAUCCUGCUCUGUGUGUGUGUGUGUGUGUGUGUGUGUGUGUGUGUGUGUGUGUGUGUGUGUGUGUGUGUGUGUGUGUGUGUGUGUGUGUGUGUGUGUGCAGGUUUCAGCAGAGGAGAUUAAGGACAACAGAGCCAUUGAGUUAGAGUUUGAGGCUAAAAAACUGGACAAGAAGGUAAACCUGCUGCUCCUUAUUCUGUCGUUUUUAAAUUCAACAAUAUUUUUAUUCGUCCCAUACAGAUAUACACCGGAGACACAUCACAAACACCCCCUUUCCCUCAAAACCCCGUCUGCAGCUGGGUAUUUCUACAACUUUGUUUAAACAACAAAUUAUGGAGCUAUAACAAAAAAUAGAAAAAUAAAUAAAUAAAUACAUAAAUAAAAAAAAAUUUAAAAAAUUUGUCUAGGGGAUUGUUAUUCUGUCGUUUUAGCAUCCUCCUGAGAAAUCAGCACUUUGUAAACCGUCUGCUUACAUUAAGAAAUGCAGCAGAUUUGUAUUAUUAUAUUUCGGGAUAUGAUAGGAGUUAAUUUGUUGCUCAUUUGUAAGAAAUCGUGUUACUUGGAAACAAGACUGUAAACGAAUUAUUUGCGAUGCGCUGAAUGAAUCUUCCCUCUUCUGUGCAGGAUACGUUUGGGAAGUCUGAUCCUUUCCUGGAGAUUUUCAAACAGGGAGAUGAUGGAAAGUGGCGUCUGGUCCACAGGACAGAGGUACGCCGGCACACUUACAGACACAGUCCUAAAACAUACUCAUAAGAUGAAUCAGCCUUUUUUAAUCGCUCAGGGGUGUGAGUUUAGAGUCUUUGCAGUACUCUUCACAGGAUUGAUUUAGUGGAGAUGGUGUCGAUGGUUUUUAACGUCUCCUGUGUGUUUGUGUUUGUAGGUGGUGCAGAACAACCUGAAUCCCACCUGGAGGAAGUUCACUGUUCCUCUACAGACAUUCUGCAGCAGCGACCUUGAAAGACCGUUGAAGGUAUGACCAAUCAGAUUUCACUCUCACUCCAAACAGUCACUCAGACUGCGUCAUGAAUUAAAACAUUUCCGUUUCCUCCUGCAGGUGGAUUGUUCCGACCACGACAGUGACGGGUCUCAUGAUUUGAUUGGUUCCUUCACCACUAAGGUCUCUGAGCUGCAGAAAACGGCACACGGUUCACAGGUGAGUCUGCAGCUCAUAAAUACGGCCAUCUUUUUUCACACUUCAUGAGUAAUGGUGUGGUUCAGCUGAUGGUGUGCUGUCCUGCAGGUGGAGUUUGAAUGCAUCCACCCAGAGAAGCAGAAGAAGAAGAAGAGUUACAAGAACUCAGGGGUUGUCUCUGUGAAGAGCUGCAAGGUCAGGGACUAGAACAAGUGCUCGGUUCAGUGUAAAAAAACAGUUGUGGUACAUUCAGUUCUGAUUUACUCUUUAUUAUCCGAUCAACUACCUCAUUGAUUAUAGAUGUUGUUUUAUAAGAAUAGAUGCACCUCUGAUUUAAACUCUCGCUCUGUGUGUCAUUGUGCGUCUCCGUGUGUCUGCAGCUGGUAACUCAGUACACCUUCCUGGACUAUGUGAUGGGCGGCUGCCAGGUCAACUUCACUGUAAGCCAAUCAACACAAACACAUGAAUGAUUUCAUUAUUCCAGUAACCAGUGAAAAUAACUACACAUCUACACAGCGUAUCAACAAGAGGUGUGUGUUUGUUAUUGAUCUGUGGAUAAAUGAAUGUUGAUCUGAUUUCUGCAGGUUGGGAUCGACUUCACGGGCUCUAACGGUGAUCCUCGCUCGCCUAACUCUCUCCACUUCAUGAGUCCAGAUGGGCUGAACCAGUACCUGUCUGCUCUGUGGUCUGUGGGUCAGGUGGUCCAGGACUACGACACGUAAGUUCACACCUUGAAUAAACUCAUUCUUGUAAGCUUGUUGUAAGCGCCCUGAGCUCCAGACUCGGGACUCUGAACUCUGUUAUCUUAAUUCUGUUGUGUUCACCUUUUGGGUCCACCUGGAAACCCAGAACCCGAAUUUUACAGCCUGAAACUAAAACUAAAGCAUCUUUAUCUUAUCAUUCAGCAUUUCCAAUGUUUGUGUUUCCUGUUUCAGCGAUAAACUCUUCCCAGCGUUCGGCUUUGGUGCCAAACUGCCUCCAGACUACCAGGUCAGCUCUCUAACGAACCAAUCAAAACACAUCAUCCCGUAACCUCAAUGAGGCACUUCUGUGUUGGAUAAUUUUCAUCUCUUUUCAGGUCAUAAUUUUGUGAUGUGGUAAAACUAAAUUAAGUUUGAGAAAAGCAGAAAUUUAAAAGCAGAUCACGUUCAAAAAGCUGCAGAUCAGAGAUGAUCGGACUCUGUAGUGCUUUGAUUUAUUCUGGUCUGUUGUGUUUUUGAUUCUGCAGGCUGCACACCACGAGUUUGCCCUCAACUUUAACCCCACAAACCCCUACUGCCAAGGUACACACACACACACUAACAAUUAUAAUAAUAAUAAUAACACUCAAAUAUUAUAGGUAAAUGGACAAAAUAAUAGAGGUUACAAACAGAUACAUAAUUUGUAUGUGAGUUCAAAAAGAAAAGGUUUUAAUCUGUGAGUGUAAUCCCAUUAUAAGUGCUCAAAAGUCUUAACUACAGAGGUGCCAGUGUCCUGUAUACAUCUUUAACUGGUUGACUCUGCUUGUAUGUUUGGAUGUCUCCAGCUGUUCCACUUUUCCUAAAACAUGUGAACCUCCAUGAAAACAGUCCGUCUUCAUUUCUCUGGGUCUCUUCCUCUCAGGUAUUCAGGGCAUCGUUGAAGCCUACAGGAUGGUUCUGCCUCAGCUCAGACUCUCUGGACCAACAAACUUCUCUCCCAUCAUCACUCAUGUCUCCUCCAUCGCUGCUGCUGCUGCACAGAGCAACAACGCCUCUGUGAGAACACACACACACACACACACACACACACACAAACACACACACACACACACACACACACACGCAUGCAAGUAAUAGAUACACUCAGAAUCUAAUUCAUGCGCUUGUGUCUUUUCAGCAAUACUUCGUCCUCCUCAUCCUCACUGACGGUGAGAUCACCGACUUUGACCAAACCAGGGACGCCAUUGUCAGGGCGUCACGUCUUCCUCUGUCAAUCAUCAUUGUGGGGGUGGGACCAGCUGACUUCAAGGCCAUGGAGCUUCUGGAUGGAGAUGACGGCAAGCUGAAGUCGACCGUGGGAGAGGCCGUCGCCAGAGACAUUGUCCAGUUUGUCCCCUUCAGGCAGUUCAAAGAUGUAAGAGAACUUUUUAAAGAGUUGAUCACAGAUGAGACAGUCAGCACUGAGAUAAGACUUGCAUUAACUUUACCCCUUAGAUACAUUAUGAUUCAUAUAAACUUCAGCGAAUAUGACAUUUGUCAUUCUUCAAAUAUCACUUUUUUAUUCAGUCUGAAAAAGUGGAAGAUGAAGUUUCAAAAGUUUCACUCUUAAAAAGCUCUUGAUUAGAUUUUGAAAAUUUAUACUCUCAAAAGAUUUUAAAGGCUGAGAUAAUUAAACAUCUUAAAGUCUUCCAUAGAACGUUUAAAGUGAAUAGCCUUGCUCAAUUCUUGUAUGAGAUUAUUUGAAUUUUAAGUCUUUUUCCAAAUGUCUUUGAGUAGAUUUUGAAAUUUCAAAGUCUUGAAGUCAAUUAUUGGAUUUGGAAAAUGUGUGGUCUCAAAAAAUCUUUGAAAAUUUUAAAACUGAAGAAGUCUUGAGUGAGAUUUUAAAAAGACUUAAAAGUCACUGAAAAUAAGAAGUCUUGACAUUUUGACGCACGAGUCUUGGAGGAGAUUCUUGGAGUUUCUCAUCUCUAAAAAUGUGUAGCAGGGCCUUUGUGAAUUUGGAUUUUUUAGAAAAGUAUGUUCAGUCUUAAAUAGUCUGAUAUAUUUUGAGUUAACAGUUCAUCAAACGUAAUAAUUGUAUUUUGAACACAUAGAGUCUUAAAAUCUUUCAAGAUAUUUGAUUUUAUGAUCUUGUUGGUGGUCCUGUGGUCCUGGUUCUUAGAUUGCACUCUAGUAUCUAGUGAGAAAAACUAUCUUUUUGUGGAUAAACACGUUCAGGUGACACUUCAUGGCAGUCAUUGUUUUGCCCAUAGUCUCUAAAAAAAACAGCAGAAAAGUCGGAGAUGAGAAACUUUGAAAUCGAUGAAAUUUAGCUUCAGGAUGAAAUGCAUAAUGACGAUGUGAUAACCUGCAUAAUAUGCAAAGACACUUUGAAACUUUGCAUUUACUGAAUGGUUAAAGUUUAGACAUGUGACCCCUACCAGGUUCAUAAAGGGCUUCUCACCUGAGAAAAGUUCCCCAGAUUUGCUCCAGUGUAGCUCUAACUCUCUCCUUCUCUCCUCAGGCUCCCGCGGCAGCUCUGGCUCAGUCCGUCCUCGCUGAAGUUCCAAACCAGCUGGUCUCUUAUUUUAAAAUGAGAAAGCUGGAUCCAUUUAAACCACCAGCUGCUCCCAAAUCCUAA